ACUCACAUGAGUAACUGAGUACUCACUGAGUAACAAUACUCAGAAAUUGUUAGUAGUACCAAUAUGAGUACUCAUGGACGAAUUAUGAGUAAAGUCGUACUCAUCGUAUGAGUACUUUCACUAGGGAUGAUUAUUAGUAAAUGUUCGUCUCUUCCUUUUCAUUCAAUCGAUUUUCACAAAUAAUAUAACCGAAUCUCUGUCAUUCAUGUGUUUUGAACUUUUCCUAUAUUUGGUUAGAUUCCUUGAAAUAGGAUAUGUUGUUGAUAGAAAUUUCAUUGAAAACAUAACAUGAAUAUAUUUCAAAGCGAUAAUUGUAGUUUGAGAACAAUUUAAACACUUUACGCAGAAAUUAGAAGAAGAAUUUUAUAAAAAUAUACUGGAACUACUUUUCUGUGGUUUCCUUUGAUCAGAUCAUGGAAUCUUGUGACAAUGUUUUAUCCAUGAAAAAAUCUCAAAAUCUAGUAGAAACCAAGUUUUAUUAAAAUAAGCAAUUUUCAGUCAUUUUAGUCAGCAAAACUAAAACUCAAAAAGCUCACUGGAAAAUUUCAAGAUAUAAUCACUUUGAGUUGUUCUGUAACUUUGUAAAAAAUUAGCAAAGUUCGAAUAAUAACUGUUAAUUUGCCAAUGUAACUACUGCCAAUGUAAUGCGACAAAGAGUACUAGUCAAGAAGAAGAAUUAAGCUAUAGUGAACAGGGAUCGUUCACUUCGCUACUUUUUGUGACCUAAUUCAGACGAGAAAUUUUUUUAUGUGUGUUUAUGAUUUUGUUGGCUGUACGACACAUCAUGUCAUGGUUAGCUAUAGAAAAGUGAAUUUUCAUUAAAAAUGAGUUAAGUUCGUAAUAAAAUUGACUAUUUUUCUUUUGAUUAGUUUUUGAAUUUUUUAAAAUUUAUUCUAGACGCCGUCUGAUCACAUUCAUAUGCGAAGUCAUGAAGCAGUUUCAAAUCAUUAUAUCAAUGAUUUUAUUGGAAAAUGUAUUGAAGAUGAAUAUAUUCCGGACUUAUUAAUGGAAAUAAUUUCAGAAUUAGAAAAAGAUAACUACAAUCGAAAACCGCAAGCAAAAUCGUAUAAGCAAGGUUAUGAUGAAUAUUUUGCGCAACUAAAUAACCAGGACAACUAUUCACACGAAAAUGGACGUUUAUAUUCUGAUCAAUUGAUUACAGAACAUAUCAAUCCAUCUCAAUUAAAACAAAAUAUCAAUUCAAAUUUACCAUUCUUGAGUACCGAUGAUUUAAAACAACUUGAUCAACCAAUAACAAACAAUUAUUGGACUAACAGUGGAACCGGUUCAAAAUUUUCACAAUUAGCCCCAGGUAUUCAAGCAAAGGAGAAUGGUCCGGUAAUGAAUGACAUUGAACGUCAUACUCGUUAUGCUGAUAAUAAACCACGAAACGAUCAAGUACAGUUAUCAACCAUGCCAAAAGAUGCUGAAAAUAAACUAUUAGAUAUACUGUGUAUGAACGAGUUAACUCGAAAAUAUCUUAAUAAAAACGGAUUUGUGGCAGAUAACGAUGAUCAAUCUCGAUUCCUUGACGGUACCAUGUUGAAUGUAUUAAUACAGAAAUAUCAAAAUAUAGGUGCAACACAUUCGGAAACAUUAGUUUAUUAA